CCUCUUCUCUUCGUCAUCAUCUUCUUCUUCUCAGCUUCGUUCAGAAAAAGAUGCCAGGCCUCACCAUUGGAGACACUAUCCCGGACCUUCAAGUCCAAACCACCCAUGGCAACUUCAAGCUCCACGAUUUCUUCUCUGGUUCCUGGACCAUCCUCUUCUCUCACCCUGGCGAUUUCACCCCGGUGUGCACGACGGAGCUUGGGAAGAUGGCCAAGUUCUCUGAGGAAUUUAGUAGGCGAGGAGUGAAGCUGUUAGGUCUGUCCUGUGACGACCUCAAUUCCCACGAAGAGUGGAUCAAAGACAUUGAAGCCUAUACACCAGGUGCGAAGGUGAACUAUCCUAUCAUCUCUGAUCCUACGAGAGAGAUCAUCAAGCAACUCAACAUGGUAGACCCUGCUGAGAAAGACUCCAAUGGCACCCCACUUCCCUCGAGGGCACUUCAUAUUGUGGGCCCAGACUUGACGAUAAUGCUGAGUUUUUUGUACCCUGCGAGUACUGGAAGGAACAUGGAAGAGGUGGUGAGGGUGUUGGAAUCUCUGCAGAAGGCCUCCAAGUAUAAGGUGGCCACUCCAGCCGACUGGAAACCUGGGGAUCCGGUAGUAAUUUCCCCAAGUGUGAGUAAUGAGGAAGCCAAUACCAUGUUCCCUCAAGGUUUCCAGACGGUAGACCUUCCAUCAAAGAAGGACUAUCUGCGUUUCACUCAAGUUGCUUGAUGAAGCCUUUCUUCUUCAGCAAGCUGUUUGAGGCUCAGUCACCAUCUAUCCAUCCGAUCUUAUACACACACAUAUAAACAUAUAAAGAACAAGCCUAACCUACGAGGAAAUAGCAGUGUUUUGUGUUGCCUUUAUGUCUUUUUGUCGUGUAUGUGUGCGAGUUUCCUUUUGAUAAUUGUGGACUCCAUGUCUUCACUUUCUAUGAUGUGAAAAUAUCCUGUAUCUAACAAGUAAAACUCGUUUCUUCUACUUUUACUACUAAGUCUCGUAUGGUUCCCACCCCAA